AUGUCUGAAGCCAGAACUCGAAGGAAUUCGCAAUUCCAAUCUUCAAUUUUUGAAUCAAGCUCUAUUUCUCAGAACAAAAGUACAAUUGAAAGAGAAAGUUUCAAUAAUCGGCAGUUAAGACAACGGUCAUGUGACUCAUUAAGCCUUGAUUAUGGAAGGAGCCAGCCAAGAGACUAUAGAAAUGUACAAGGAAAUGACUAUACCUAUUAUGACUCCAGCAAGACUAUGUUUUUUUCCUAUAAAUAAUCAUUUUUUUAUGUUUUUUAAAAAAUUUUCUAAUAAACCAUAUUAGUAUAGCAGAAAUAAAAAUCAAGAACGCCAGUUUGGUGUCCAAAAUUCAAAUCAAUUUGAAUAUGAAGAUUCAAAUUCUCGUCCAUCUAAGCCUUCUGAUACUCCUAAUUUGCUAGGAAACGACCAAAAUAAUUACUACCAAAAAGAAAACAUCAGAAAGACCUCACGUGACUUUGAGCCAAAAUAUUCAGAGACCUCUGCGUUUAACCGAAAAUAUUCAGAAUUAUAUGGAAGUUCUCAGCAUAUAAAACAACUCCCUAAAAAAGAAGAAAAUAAUACAGAAAGACGAGGGGAUGUGUCUUCAAGGCAAAGAAAACGUGAAAACAUGGAAUCCACAAUUUUUUACCCAAGUCAAUACAAAGAUUUUGAAAGAGAAAACCCUCAAGAAACUAGAAAAACCCAGUUUUCCCCUGAAUCUAGAAGGCUUGAAAUGAGAGAGUCUUCUAUUUUUGGCAAACAAGAACCUAGACAAGCCCCAAGUCAGCAGCAUGAUACCUAUAAUGAAGAAAAAAGAAGGAAAAACCAUAUGUACUCAGACAUAUUUGGAGAGCCCAGUGAAUAUGCUCAUAAUAAAUGCCCAGACAAGCUGAUUGCAGCUACCCAAAAAUGAACAGAAAAUGAUGCAAGGACUUAUACAAGAGAAGAAGAUUAUGAUGCCCAGAAAUUUAAAUCAAAAAAUCUAUGGGGAAAUGAAGACUACCAGGAAAGAAAUAUAACCCCUCAGCCAAAUAGAGCUGAUCCUCAGAAUCCUCUGCAGUUUAAAAAUAGAGAAAUGGCAAGCUCAAUGCAAAAUUAUAGUGAAAGUCAAGGGAAAACCCAAGAGCCUGCUAUUGUAGAAUAUGAUUUAGAAAAUUUGCCUAGAAAUAUUACAAAGGAAGGGAUAAAAAAAAUUUGUAGCAGUGUCCAUGUAGUAUCAAUACAAAUAGAUGAUGAUAAUAUUACUGGGACUUGUAAAGGUAAUGGGAAAAUCGUGAUAAGGACCUCAACAAAUGCAGAAAAAGACUUAAAAAGAUUACUUAUUAAUGUUUAAAUUUCUGAAUAGAAUUCUGGUUGGCAUACCGAUUAGCCAAUUGAUGUCACCAGGAAGCCUCACCUAGUUAGAUUUGCUCUAGGGUUCCAUCAUCAGGUUCCAGGAUUCUCUCUUUGGUUGUCGCUAUUGGCACGUUGACGAUAGGUGCCUUAGAAUACUUAUUUUGGGACUUGCUCGCCUCUUCUCCAUAUCAGCCUUCACUGAUCUGCUCCAGCAGCUUUGUCCUGACCUCUGCAGGACACCGUGGCCAGGUGCUACGGCACGAAAAAGCCCUUUUAGCGGAGAAAAAUCCGCAGCAGAGGAUGUUCUAAUUUCCCAUGGAUGGCGCUAUUUUGGCCUUGAUUUUCCCACUGGGAAAAUCAAGUCCAAAAUAGCGCCAUCCACAGAAAAUUGCAAUAUCAAUAAAGAUUACAGUUAGAUUUGGCUGAUGAAAAUAUUGCAUUGAAAACUCAUAAAGAAAACCUAGGAUUAAAGUCAAAUUAUUCCCAACUUAGCUCAGUAAAGUGGAAUGAUCCUCAUAUUGCAAGAGAUCCAUCAGAAAAUUCAAUUAAAAGAAAGGAGUCUCAUAACAGAAAACCAGUAGACGAAAUUUAUAUGGCAAAUAUGCAGUGGCAAAGGACUAAAAAUCCGAAACAUGAGUAUAAGUAA